UGGGACGUUGUACUUUUGGAGAAAUGGGACAGCGCCAUCUGGCGUUGGGUGUUAUUAUGUCUCCGUCUUUUCUUCUCUUCCCAUUCCGCUCCUUCCAAUGAUCGGGCAAGAAUGCGGUCAGUGAGAUUUCGUGCCUUCGUGAGGGCGCAGCGUGUCACCGGCGAGUCGCGGCGUAAAAUGGCCAUCGAACAAAGACGCAUCAACAUCUGAGUGCGUUCAAGGAGAGACAUGAUGACGACGACACGAGCGGACAGCCUGAGAGCGCGCGAUACAGCUCGACACGCGUCCGCGAGCGCUUUACCGCAGUGGAUGCGCAUGUAUUUCUAUGGGAUGCACGGAGUCACACUGGACAUCCUGCUGUCGUCCGCGCGCCGGUUCCUGGAUGACAACGACUUCAAACUGCUGGGAUUCUCCUCUCCGUAUCUGUGCAUCGUGCACUCUAUCACGCAUCUGGUUCUGGAGAAGAUCUACCUGCAGAAAAGAUGCUUCCAGGGGCGACCUGUCGUUUUCCACCUCGUCUUCUAUCCGUCCCUGUACAUCUGCCUGCAGAUUUUGAUCGGGAAUGUGGUGAGCUGUACGGAGAGCAUCAGAGUGGUUUCUGUCACGCAGCUCGUUGUGCAUUACAUACUCGCUCUGUACUUCACUUAUGUCUUUCAUGAAGGCUUCCUGCGCCUACAGUAUCAGAACAACCGGGUGCUGUUGAGAUCCUCAUGCCCGAACGGGUUACCCGGCCUCCUGCGCUUCGUGUUCUUCGGGAUGCAUGGCUUUCUGGAUGAGGUGGUCUUCACCUCUGUGUUCAACUUGUUCGAGACCGCAGACCGGACCCUGAAGGGACACACAUCCCUGUGGUCCUUCUUCAUGUACGGAAGCUGCAGCUUCGUGGUGGAGAAGCUCUACCUGCAUCUGCACUUCAGGAGAGGAUGGGGAACCUGGCAGCGGCUGCCCAUCUACAUCAUCUUCAUCUACGCAUGGGAGUUCAGCUGGGGCUUCGCUCUCAGACAGUACGACGCGUGCUCCUGGGACUAUUCCCACUAUCCCCUCAAUUUCAUGGGACUCGUGACCCUGCUGUAUCUUCCAGGAUGGGUUUGUCUGAGUCUGUAUCAAGACGUCUUGUCGAAUAUUCUGCUGAGGGUUGUGUGUAAUGAUGAAAGCGCUGGUGCCAAUGGACGCCUGCUGCCAAAUAGGAAGCUUGAGGACAAAUUGCAUGUUGGCUUUUCCUAAUAUAUCCUCCUGGGACCAGCAAAAAAGGCAUUUGAAUGUUUGAUGCUUGAGAAAGUAUAGAUUUUUUUUAAAAAUAGGGGAGGCCAGGCUAUAGUUGUCACACCAGUUCAUAUCUUCUGUAUACACACCCCAUAAAGCCCAUAUACUGUCCUUAUACGCGGGGCAUGUUGUCACACUACGUGGGGUAAGUUGUCACAAUGUGAACCUGACUUCUAUUAGAUUCAUUUAUAUACUCAAAUAAUUGUGAAGCACAGAAAAAUCAUGAAAUCGUGAAAAAAUGUUAACAGACAAAUGUAAUUGUUUUAGCCAAUAGAAUUAAAAUAUAUGUAGUAUUUAUAUAUAUAGUAUACCAUAAAUUUUAUAGUAGUUAAUAAUACUAUUAUAUUAUUGUGUUAUUUUUUUAUAAUAAUAUAGUAUAGUAUUUUAUAGUAAAUUAAUAUUUAAAAUUUAGAAUUAAUAAUACAAUUAAUCCUGUAAAAUUACAACAUUUUACAUGACAGCUUGUAUGUAACAACUGUGACAACUUUAUAAAAUAUUAUAAUACUUAUUUGCUUGCAGGACAUAUUAUAUAUAUAUAUAUAUAUAUAUAUAUAUAUAUAUAUAUAUAUAUACACAUAGGGCUGUCAAAGCGAUUAAUUGUGAUUAAUCACAAUUAACAUAAAAGUUUGUGUUUAUAUAAUGUGUGUGUGUGUGUGUGUGUCAGUUGUGUCAAAUCGAUUAAUCACGAUUAAUCGCAUCUAACUAAAGUUUGUGUAUAUUUGUGUGUAUAUAUAUAAUGUAUAUAUAUGUGGGUGGGUGUGUGUGGGUGUGUAUGUGGGUGCGUAUAUACAUAUAUACACACACAUAUACAUAUACACACAUAUUGAUAUAUAUAUGUGUACUCACACAUAAAAAAAAAAACUUUUUUGUUAGAUGCAAUUAAUUGCAAUUAAUUGAUUUGACACUGAUAUAUAUAAACUGAUAUAUAUAAACACACAUAAUAUAUAUAAACAUAAUAUAUAUACACACAUAUAUAAACAAACUUUUGUCAAUGCGAUUAAUUGCAAUUAAUCGAUUUGACAGCAGUAAUAUAUACGAUCAAAUCGAUUAAUCACGAUUAAUCUCAUCUAACAUAAAAGUUUGUGUGUAUAUAUACAUAUGCACACAUAUAUUGAUAUACAUAUAUAUAUAUAUAUAUAUAUAUAUAUAUAUAUGUACUCACAUAUAUAAACAAAAACUUUUUUGUUAGAUGCGAUUAAUCGCGAUUAAUUGAUUUGACAGCACCAGUAUACACUAGACAUUAUAUCUAAACAUUAUAAUAUAUACACAGACAUAUAUAAACAAACUUUUGUCAAUGUCAUUUAUUUGACAGCAGUAAUAUAUAUAUAUAUAUAUAUAUAUAUGCCUAGUAGAGUUGUUGAAGUUCCUCGUAUGACAACUAGCCCAGUUCUCCUGACUUUAUUUGAAUAUUAUUUCAUUUUUUAAUGGUAUAUUAAUAAUUCACCUUAACCCCCAAACAUUUGAGAUCACAGAAAAGCCCAGGAUGUGCACACAAGGACAGAUACACACGUUCUCAGAGGUAUAAACGCAAGCAAAAGCAUCAAUCGCUGGUUCUCAGGGGGAUAUUUGUACCAGCGUUACUCCCUCAGAGAAACGUUUCCUCAGAGAAACAAGGGUAGCUGCAUUAGCAGCGUUAAUUUGCUUUUGAAUCUAAUGUUUUCAAGAUCCAACUUAUGAACUGCCAUUGCACACACACAGCAGGAUUUCACAAAUUACUAACACAAAUAACACUGCUGGGCUUUGAUGGUUAUUGAAUAUUGGGCGUCUGGAUGUUCGUUUUACUGCAUGAUGGGAUUUAUGAGGACAAGACUGCAUGUAUCAGGAUAUCGCAUGUCGAGACGGCAGCAUUCAAGCCUCCGAUUCGCCCUGAUGUAGCAAAACUGAUUGUGAGAUAACUGUGAGUCAUUUAGCUUUAAACAGGACGAGAGCAACUGAGUGCCUUCAGAUUAACACUUUUAGGCAGCUGGACUUCUGUAAUCGAAACUCUUUAGAAGUAUUACAUCCAUAUGGAAACAAGUUCAGACAUAUCUCAGUUCUGCUGUAAAAACAAGGCUUUGAGAUGCAGGCUAUGAGGAAUAAAGAACAGAUUACACAGAUUUGUAACUAGAGUCUAAGGCAGCUAAAGCCAAGCAUUUAUGAACAAUGCUGUCUCAAAAUACUGAGACUUUCAAAACGGUCCAACUUUAUCAAACAUAUGAGCACCGAACACUGUGAAAUGCUACUGUGAUCCCUCAAAAGAGUCGUCGUUCUUGGAUAUAUGACUGAAUUUAUCUGUAUAUCUUGUGUUUCGCUCUUUGUGGAGAUAAACUGCCAAAGCUUAGGAUAACUUCAGCCUCAAAACUCUUUAACUUUUUAGGAAAAUGCCUGAUAUGAUCUUGUGAGAGGUAUAGACAGGCUUUCUAAGAUAAUUAGAUUAACAAAAUAUUUUUCUUUCAUGCAUGUAUUUACUUGUUGAUGUAAAGACUCUCGGCAGCUGCUCAAAUGUACUGUUUUCUCCCUCCAACUUUGAGGAACACUUUGUAUAAUGGCAGGAAUGGGUUGGUGAUUAUUAUCAUUUCCAUAUCUGUUUAUGUAAUUGGCACUACAGAUCAUUUUAUGGAUGGAGUCUAGAAUGAUAGAAAUGCACUUCUUUAAUUUAUUGCAUUUUAAACUUGUAGCACAUCUUCAUGGUUUUCUAUGUUUGUCUGUGCACUCAUCAAAUUAAAGAGAUCAAAUGUGAUGUAUGGUGUAUUUGUUGUCACAGUGACUGUUCUCGAUACUCUGGUCAGGGCAGGAGAGAUUUGGCUGGUACUGAAGGGACCUGAAUAUUUUCCAUUUCUGACGUCAAGAAACAAAACAGCCACGGUCUGGUUUACGUACACGUCUCCUGUGAUUCUCGUCCCUUGAGACUCAACAGACUGUACAAGAUGAUCAACGUAAUGGUUGUGAUUUCAUCUGUAUACUGACCGACUGUCUCAGAGCAUUCUCAAUUUGUGGAGAAAAUUGCUUGCUGUAAUUUCAGACCUUAAUUGUGCUUUUUUCCAUGUUCAACUUUCUUUAGUAUGGAAGCUUGUUUUCACCACUAAAUAAAAAAUAAAAAAGGCAA